CGGACCGAGACCCGUUUUUUGAGGUGGUCUCGGUCCGCUUCCAAACGAACUCUAGUGCGGUUCGUUUCAGUUUGCGUCUGGUGUGAAUACAGACCGGACCAGAACCGAACUAUCUGCGUAAAGCAUGCACCUUUUUGGACUUCACGGGCCACCGUUGCUGAGCAUYGUGGGAAAAAUAGCAUUAUUGUUGUUGCUAAUGCUAACACCACCUCUGCAUGUAUGCUAAAAACAAUGAGCCGUGGACAGACCUGGAACAACGAAGAGACACUGUGCCUCCUCGACAUUUGGACGGAUGAACACAUAACUAAUCUGCUCGAGAAGACACACAAGAAUGCGGUCGUGUUCUCCAUGUUUAGCGAGAAAAUGAAGGAGCGGGGUUUCAAGCGUUCUCCAGAACAAUGCCGCAUUAAAGUGAAAAAACUGCGCCAAAGUUACCAGAAGGCAAGAGACGCACUGGAUAAGAGUGGGAGUUCAGGAGAAGAAAAAGACAAAUGUCCGUGGUUUGGUGAACUUGAUAAAAUAUUAGGAACAAGACCAACAGUUUGUCCUGUAGACAUCAUAGAAACGAACACCCCGCUGGCUGAUAACACUUCAUCAGGUAACACUUCAUCAGAGAACACUUCAUCAGAGAACACUUCAUUUGAAAGCACACCUUCCCCUCCAACCACCAGCAACUCCGUUGAAGUUGAGAACAAUGAUGAGGAGACUGAAGAACCCUCAGAUGACACUGGUGACAGAGAGGGCAGCAGUGCUUCACUCAGCGGUGAUGGAGCAAAUGGAACCACAAAAGAGAGGCUGACUGUUCGUGGUGUUCAGGCAAGGAAGCACUUGGGCAGAAAGCGCAAAGCUGAAGCUUCAAAGUCUGACUCUGGGUUGCAAGAUUUUGUCUUACAGC